AUGCCAAAGUCGCCUUCGACGCAAGAGUCCGGGACGCUGGUGACGGAUGUGCAAGAUGUGGUCACGGAUGAGCAAGACGAGCUGGAAGAAGAAGGAGUCAUUGACAGAGAAGCUCGUGAGCGGAGGAUUCGUUUAAAGGUCGACUUUCGAUUAUGCAGCAUAGCUGGCAUCUUGUGUAGCUUGAACCUUCUGGACAGCGGCGUUAUCUCAAGCGCUUCAGUAACGUCUAUGCUUUCGGAUCUGGGUCUCGACCAAGGGAAUCGCUAUUCGGUGUCUAUUUUCAUCUUUACUAUCGCAUCUAUCGCAUUCCAGCUCCCGUCGACCAUCGCAGUGCGAACGUUCGGGCCCAGGAUCUGGUUCAGUUUUAUCACGUUCUGUUUCGGGAUCAUCACGCUAUGCACAGCAUUUGUGCAAACGUGGAGACAAAUGAUCGCUCUGCGAAUCUUGCUCGGCAUGGCCAUGAGUGGAAUCUAUCCUGGUUUGACAUACCUAAUCUCGACUUGGUACACGCGAAAAGAGCAGCAACUGCGUUUUGCGCUUAUGCAGAGUGGAGAAGUCACGGUACUGGCAACCGGAGGCAUUGUCAACUUCGGACUCAACAAGCUCAACGGUUCGUCUGGUAUUAAAGGGUGGCAAUGGAUGUUCAUCGUCCAAGGAGCAAUCACAGCUUUCAUUGGCAUACUCACAUAUUGGUGGAUGGUCGAUUUCCCAGAAAAUGCAAACAAAAGUUUCAUGUUUUUGACUGAGGAAGAGUCAGAGAUUGCCGCUAAUCGCAUCGAAAAAGACAGAGGAGACGUGGAACCUGACAAGUUCUCCUGGUCCAAGGUGCUGGUCCACGCGAAAGACCCCAAAAUCUACGGAUUCUGCGUGCUGUACUUCCUGCAGAAUCUGGUUUCGACGAGCCUGUCUUAUUUCUUGCCUAUCAUUCUGCAAGGAGGCAUGGGAUUCAGUAGCGACAAAGCGAUUCUGCUAUCUGCACCACCAUAUUACUACUCGGUUAUCCCAGCUAUACUCUCUUCCCUGAUCGGCGACAAGUAUCAGCUCCGUGGGCCCAUCAUCACCUUCAACUCCAUUUGCCUCAUCGUAGGCUUCUGCAUGCUCGGCUUCAGCGAUCAAGUUACUGUGCGAUACAUCGGGACGUAUCUUGCCACGGGUGCGUACGUCGCCAAUUGGGCUGGCAUGGCUACGUAUCAAGCGAACAACAUCGUGGGACAAUGGAAGCGCGUAUUCACUGCUGCCGCUGUUACAGCAUUCAAUGGCGCAGGUGGUAUUGCAGGAAGCUUCAUCGUGAGGCAACCGGAAGCACCGAGGUAUAUGACUGCAAUUUGGGUCUCGAUUGGGUCACACAUCAUGAUUAUCGGAUGCAUUGCUGCUUUCUCUGUGUUUUUCUACAUGGCAAACCAGCGGCAGAAAGCAGGUAAACAGAUCCUAGAGGCGACACAAGGCUUCAGAUACACCUACUAA